CCGAGGAAUGGGCCCCGCGGCCCUGCUGCGCAUGCUCGCGCCGUGACCCCAGCUUGAGGUGACGGCCCCGACCCAGGCGGGGUCCGGGCCCGAGGCUGAGCGCACCGCCGCGGCCCGGUCGCCGGAGAGGGAGGGCCGGCUGCCGUCGCCGCCGGCCGGUGCGCGGUGCGGCAGGGAGGAGUGAGGAGACCUGCCCCAGCGCCCCGCCCAGCCAGGAUCGGGUGGCCGGGGCGCCUCCCGCCCUCCGGCGCCAAGGACGCAGCCUGGGGACCCCGGCUUCCUUGCCCGGCAGCAGGAGCGACCCCUCUGCUGGGGGCGCGGGGCCGCCAUGCCCCUGCCCGAGCCCAGCGAGCAGGAGGGCGAGAGCGUGAAGGCCGGCCAGGAGCCGUCGCCCGAGCCCCCCGAGCCGGGCACCGAUGUCCCCACGGCCCCCACGAAGCCCAAAGAUUUCUCCAAACUGGCCCUGCUGACGGCCUGCAAGGACAGCGGGGGGGCGGGCUCCCCGCCCCAGGGAGUGCCCUGCGUCGUGUCCCUGGAGAUGCGCAUCCCCAACACCCAGACCAGCACCCCCCAGGCCCUGCCGACAGAACAGCAGGGGGCGUCACUCCAGCUGAGCCCCCAGACCCCUCAGCGGCCGCGUGGCCAGCCAGACACAGCGCCCCCGCCCCUGGAGUUCCUGAGCACCCCGUUCGGGGGCCGCCUCCUGGUGCACCAGUCCUUCCUGUACAAGCGGGAGAAGGCCGUGGGCGACAGGGUGUACUGGAAGUGCCGCCAGCACAGCGAGCUGGGCUGCCGGGGCCGGGCCGUCACCCGCGGCCCCAGGGCCACCGAGAUGCGCGGCCACUGCCACCCGCCCGACGAGGAGGGGCUGGAGGCCCGGCGCCAGAAGCAGAAGCCGCCCAGCCCGGCCCUGCCCGACGGCUCGGGGAGCCUGGAGGACCCCCAUGCCCAGGUGCAGGAGCCGCUGGGGGCGGUGAGCCCGUGGCUGUGUCCCCAGGAGCCCGAGCCAGCACCUGCAGGGGUGCCGAGCCAGCGGGCCCCGGAGGAGGAGGGGCUCCGAGCCUUCUCGCUGCUGAGCUUGCCCCCCAAGAAACGCCCAACCUUGGGGUUCGGGCCCCCGCCCCUGGAGUUCCUGCGGACCUGCUAUGGGGGCAGCUUCCUGGUGCACCAGUCCUUCCUGUACAAGCGGGAGAAGGCCGUGGGCGACAGGGUGUACUGGACGUGCCGGGACCACGCGCUGCAUGGCUGCCGCAGCCGGGCCAUCACGCAGGGCCAGCGGGUGACCGUGAUGCGGGGCCACUGCCACCCGCCCGACGUGGAGGGCCUGGCGGCGCGAAGGCAGCAGCAGAAGGCCAUGGGGACACUGCAGGCCAGGCCGGACGGCACCAGCAGCCACGCAGAUAAAACGCGCCCAGGCGUGGACAGCCUGACGUGCCGCAGGGGCCCCGGCACCCUGACCCUCUCUGGGCCGCGGCCCAGGAAGCGCGCCAUGGCCCAAGGCCAGCCCCAAGCACUGCAGGGCCCCUCCGAGGACCAGGAUGAGGAGCCGGGCGGCCCCGAGUUCCUGCGGACCCCCCUGGGCGGCAGCUUCCUGGUGCACGAGUCCUUCCUGUACCGGCGGGAGAAGGCGGCCGGCGACAAGGUGUACUGGAUGUGCCGGGACCAGGCCCGCAUGGGCUGCCGCAGCCGGGCCAUCACGCAGGGCCAGCGGGUGGCCGUGAUGCGGGGGCACUGCCACCCGCCCGACCUGGGGGGCCUGGAGGCGCUGAGGCAGCGGGAAAGGCUCCCCAGCCCCGCCCAGAGGGAGGACACAGGGACAUCUCAGCCUCUGGAGUUCCUCAGGACGUCCCUCGGGGGCCGCUUCCUGGUGCACGAGUCCUUCCUGUACCGGAAGGAGAAGGCGGCCGGCGACAAGGUGUACUGGAUGUGCCGGGACCAGGCCCGCACGGGCUGCCGCAGCCGGGCCAUCACGCAGGGCCAGCGGGUGACCGUGAUGCGGGGCCACUGCCACCCGCCCGACCUGGGGGGCCUGGAGGCGCUGAGGCAGCGGGAAAGGCUCCCCAGCCUGGCCCAGCAGGACCCAGGUGCAGAAAAGACAAAACUUCUGCCUGAAGGUCAACUGUGCUUCAAGACUUGUUCUCCUGACAGCCAGCAGAGCUGCGGGGUGGUCACCGAGGUGAAGGUGGAGAGCGAGAGCCAGUGAGAGUCUCGGCCAGUCGGGCGCGCUCCGCACCUCACCCACCCAACCCCGGCGCUCCCCACCUGUCAGUUUCCUGUCGAAACCGCCGUCCACUCUUCCAGCGCUCCACGAGGACGAGAGGACUUCCCGGUGGACGCGAGGCCCCCGCUCGGUGACAGGAGCAGCGCCCUCAGCAGACCCCUCCCCUGCCGGGUCCCGGAGGAGACCGCCAGGGACUCCCCAGCUGGCGCGGCCAGCUCGGCCCUGCGCUUCUGGCUGGGCUGCGGCCCCGCACACGUGCCCCAGGACGGGCCAGGAGGGCCUCUGCUCGGAGCCACCCGCUGCCGGGCGCGGGCUGGACGCAGAGGCCCGCCUGGCCUUCUCUCCCGUGCUGCCUUGGAAAGAGCCUGGUGUCUCGGAGUCCUGGCAGGGCCAGGCCCGUCCGCAGGGAGCUAGAGCGGCAGACCCUCCCUGUGAGCAGCGUGUCCACUGUCUGGAGCAGGAGGCCGCAGGCGUGGCCAUGGGCGCAGCUGGGCGGGGGGAGGGCAGAGCCAGCCUGCGGGCCGGGAAGUGGCUGGUCCCGCUGUCACAGGCCGUCCUGGCCGGGGCCCCCACGCCUGCCUGUGGCCUUCGCCCGGUGAGGUGGCCCCCACGCCUGUCACCAGCGUGGCGGGGUGCCGUGUGUCUGCUUGUGUAUCUCCACCAAUAAACCCUAUUUUA